AAUGGUCCUUUCUGGCUUUGUUAUCUUGGAUGAGCAAUGAUCUCAGUACAUUGUCUAACUUUUUGCUUGUUUCAUUUAGGUGCAUUUUGUGAGGAGCCCCUUGAGCCUUGUACUUCUCAACCAUGCCUGAAUGGGGGGACAUGCCAGAAUAAUGAGCAUGGAUAUGUUUGUGAAUGUCUGGCUGGAUUUCUUGGCCAUGACUGUGAAACAGAUGUCAAUGAAUGUUCUUCAAGGCCAUGUCAGAAUGGAGCUACAUGCAUUGAUAUGCCAAAUGAUGUGGCAUGUAUCUGUCUGCCAGUGUUCACUGGCAAGUUCUGCGACAGUGUAUUGAGACCAUGUGAGUUAUCACUCUGCUUAAAUAACUCUACUUGUGUAGAUCAGCAGCAGAGCUAUUAUUGCUGGUAAGAUAAGAAAUUAAUUUAUUUCAGUACUUCAUUG